CAUCACACAGGUUGAGAAAAAUAAAUCGUGUUUUGACAGUAACGCGACAGGAGCUAAAUUUAAUUGGAAACUAAAGUAAAUGAGUGGUGCACAUUGGGAUACCAUUUAAUGAUCUCUUCUUCAGCACGCAGUCUUCUCUGCUGGACCUCCUCCAGUUUACGAGUGUUUUCUCGGAUAGCACACCGGAGCUCAUUAAUCUUCACCUGCGAUUCCUGCAAAUUGCAAAGUUUGCAUGUUGUAAUUAUUCCUAGUCUGCUGGCAGAGUCAGAACCUGAGCUGUUAACGAACUGGCAUCCCGGACAGCAGCGGGAACACAUAUAAAGCUAGGUGUUAGUGCAUGUCAAAUGGCAUCACUGAAGGCAUACCUGACUGGUAAAGAUGGAGCGGAUUAUCCUCCUCUGCAUGGUUUCUAUUUGUCUCUCAGCUGUGCAAGCUCAGAAAUUGUUGUUCCACCACAAAUGGGGUCCCCUCGGCUACAAAGAACGGAAAGAACGCAUUGAUGAAACAGCAAUGGAUAAAAUCAUUAAAACCAACGAGCGUCAAACUACCCAAAUUAUUGAUGCCACCACCACCCUCAGAGAGGGAGACAUUGCUGUUUCUUCUGGAAGACGCUCCAAUAUCUGCUUUGCACGGAGCUGCCUCUGGUCCAAAUCAGUGGAUGGGCAUGUCUACAUUGCAUAUAACCUCUCACCUAAAUACAGUGAUCUGGAUGCAACACUGAUAAAGAAAGGAAUGGAGAACAUAGAGGCAGGUACCUGCGUGCGUUUUGUUCCUCGGACACACCAGAGAGACUACAUCGACAUCCAGCCAAAGUCUGGUUGCUGGUCCUACCUUGGAGCGCGUGGUGGAAGGCAGACUGUGUCUCUCCAGAUCCCUGAGUGCAUUCAGGUUGGAGUGGUUUCCCAUGAAUUCAUGCACACCCUGGGCUUUGUGCACGAGCAGUCUCGCUUCGACCGGGACAACUAUGUCACCAUCAUGUGGCCAAAUAUUUCGAGAGAUCGCUUGAGAAACUUUGAAAAGUUCAAGACUGACAAUCUGGACCUGCCCUAUGACUAUGGCUCAAUUAUGCACUUUGGAAAGUAUGCCUACUCCCAGCGUGGGGAGCCUACCAUCAUUCCUAAGAAAAACAGCAACAUCCAGCUGGGCCAGACUUCCCUUAUCAGCCACAUUGACAGGCUGAAAAUCAACACCCUUUAUAAAUGUGAUGACAUGGAUGAUUAGUGACCAGACUGAAUGGGGGUGAAGCAGGAGUAACGGCCAAUAUGUCACAACUGCAGCUGAAUUCUUUGAACAGUUUCAAUAAAGAUUAAUUCAAGCUUUCUAUCAGC